AUGCAGAUUGCCUGGCGCACUGCCGCCAUCCGUGACUUGCGCUGUUACCAACACCAAAACGUGACCUUUGAGCAUGUCCCCUUUAUGCUGGCAUAUGCGGCUCUGGCCUACUGGAUGUACAGCACCAUCGGCGAUCCCUUUGCGGAAGCCAUGGCCAAAUACAGUCGCGAAGAGCCGAAUCCGGAUGAAGACAUGCUUCCCCCUUGCCAUCCGCUGCCCAUUGAGUGGAUGCCCUCUUUCAUCUCCCGGUUUGUCCACACCCUCAACCUUCAUAUCCUGCUGGCGGGGCCUUUGCCAUUUGCCUUAAUUCGCUUGACCCCUGUGCGCACGCCGCCCAUGAUGCAUCACAAACUGCAUUGGUCGGUUGCAUUUCGCGUGCGGAUCAAGUUCCGCCCCUGUGCUCUCAAGGACGCUACCCAUGUCAAGGUGGUGCCCCCUCCCCAUCAAGGCAAAACGGCCCUCGCCGUCCUCAGCACCAAUGGCAAGCGCCCCUGCUUCGAGUUUCAAAAGCUCAAUUACAUCUAUGACACAGUCUCGGAGCACGAGGGACAAGCCUUCUUACCGGUCCUGUGCCCGGAUAAUUUGGCCCUACACACCUACGUCGAGGCCCCUGGGCUCUCUGGAAGUGCUGCCCGGGCUCGUCUGACGCGUUUUGGCCGGAAUGUCUUUGAUAUCGAGUUACCUACGUUUGAAGACCUCUACAUCGAAGGGCUCCUCAAACCGUUCUCCGUCUUUCAGAUGUUCUGCAUUUUACUCUGGUGCCUUGAUGAGUACUGGCAAUACAGUCUUUUUACCCUCUUUAUGAUGUUGGUGUUUGAGGGCACUGUGGUCAUGUCUCGUCGCAAGAACCUUACCACAUUGCGGGGCAUGAACAACGCCCCACGACGCCUUCUCGCGCGCCGGGAUGGCGUGUGGAUGCCUCUUACAGCCGACCAGCUGGUCCCAGGCGACCUCAUCUCCGUCCUACGCGGAUCAGGCCAGGAUGAAGAUAUCGUGCCGUGCGACUGCCUUUUGCUCAAGGGAAGUGCCGUGGUGAACGAAGCCACUCUUACGGGAGAAUCUGUGCCUCAGAUGAAAGAAGCCUUGAUCGUGGAUGCCGACUCCAGAGAUUCGCAUCUGGACAUGCAAAAUCAGCACAAGGUGCAUACACUCUGGGGUGGUACCAAAAUCCUCCAGUCAAUGGGCGUUUCCGACGAUCGCGAGGUUGUGUAUCAAAGCGAUCAAGGAAUCGAGUACAACGAGGAACGAGCUCGCCGAGUACCUACGAGCACUCCGGACCAUGGUUGCCUUUGCUAUGUGCUGCGGACUGGCUUUGCGUCAUCCCAAGGUCGCCUGGUGCGCAUGAUUCAGUUCUCUAGCGAUUCGGUUUCGGGCAACGCUCAAGAGGCCUUGUUGCUUGUCCUCUUUCUGCUCAUCUUCGCCGUCGCCGCCAGCGCUUACGUGCUACGCCGCGGUCUGGCCGAUGGCCGCGAUCAGUUUGACUUGCUCCUCCAUUGCAUCCUCAUCAUCACCAGCGUCAUUCCGCCCGAGCUGCACAUCCAAAUGGCUUUGGCUGUGAAUAACUCGCUCCUCUCCCUCAUCAAGCUGCACGUGUUCUGCACUGAACCCUUCCGUAUUCCUGUUGCCGGCAAAGUUGAUGCUUGUCUUUUCGACAAGACUGGAACUAUCACGACAGAUGACCUCGUGGCAGACGGUAUCGUGGCGCAAAGCAAGUUCACCACAAGCUCAGCGUCCCAAGACGCACGGGAAGUUAGCAAUGGGGUGAUUUCAGAGCAACCUAUGUCGACCACACCGCUCGAGGCUGCUUUGGUCAUCGCUGGUUGUCAUUCGCUUGUGGAGGUGGAUGGCAAGGUGGACGGUGAUCCGUUGGAGACAGCUGCCCUCAAAUCCAUCAAAUGGAAGUACGAACCGGAUUUGAUGCGAGCAGCCCCUACAGAGAAGGCUGUCGUCAACUGGUCGACUCGCCUCAAGCCAUCUGUCACCAUUCUGCAUCGCUACCACUUUUCGUCCAAGCUACAACGCAUGUCUGUUAUUGCUCUUGUCAAUGGCUUGGAGGGUGCCACGGGUGCCUACGUGCUCACCAAAGGCAGUCCUGAGAUGAUCGAGACCAUGCUGGCCACAGUCCCUUCUUGGUACUCUGCCAGUCACAAGGCUCUUGCUCGAAAGGGAAUGCGCGUGAUUGCGCUAGCCUGGCGCAAAUUGGACGCAACACCAAGCAAAGGCGACUUGGAAGACUGGCAGCGUAGUCACGUGGAGCGAGACUUGAACUUCGUGGGAUUCCUGGCUUUCCGGUGCCUCCGCCGCAAAGACAGCCCAGACGUGCUCAAGGCUUUGAAGGAGAGCUCGCAUUCAGUCACCAUGGUCACAGGAGACGCGAUCCUCACAGCUGUUCAUGUGGCCUCUGAGACGAACAUUGCCCACCCCGAAAAGGAGAACGUGUGGACCCUCCAACAAGAGACAGCAGAUCCCAAGAAAUUUUUCUGGGCUCGUGCUUCUGAUGAUGCACGCGUCGAGGCAUUGGAGCCCUCGGUUGUGGAAAAGAUUGCCCUCAAUCGCACCCUGGCCAUGACAGGCUCGGUCAUGAUGGCACUGUUGGAGCACGUGCCUGAUGCCAAGUACAUGUUGCCACACAUCCGCGUUUAUGCGCGCAUGACCCCUGGUCACAAAGAGUUGCUCAUUACCACUUUGAAAGACCAGGAGCACUUCACUCUCAUGUGUGGUGACGGCGCAAACGAUGUUGGGGCGUUGAAACAGGCCCAUGUCGGCAUCGCAUUGUUGUGCGGCUUUGGAUCGGCCAACGCUGAGAAACCGCCAGCCCCUGUUCAACAACCCGAAAAAAAGGCCAUUGCUGACGCGCAGAAGCAAGACGAUGCAACAAAGUUGACACCACGGCAAAAGGCUGCUCAACAAGCAGAGUCAUGUUUGGUGCAGGAGGACAAGGCGGAGUUUAUGCGGGAUGUUCAGGAGCGCAAGGCUCGUGGCGAGAGUUGGGCGGAAUGGAAGGCCAUGCAAGCCAUGUGGGCAAAGCAGCGUGCGCGACAAAUGGCAAAUCGCAAGAAUGGAACUCUGACAGGGUCGGCCGCUUUGAUGGCCGCAGAAGAUCUGGAAGAUGGCUCUGUUCCCAUGGUCAAACUUGGCGACGCUUCGGUGGCUGCGCCUUUCACCUCCAAGAAGCCAUCCAUUUCUUCGGCAAUUGACAUCAUUCGCAUGGGUCGGUGCACAUUGGUCACCACGCUUCAGAUGUACCAAAUUCUUGCCCUCAACUGCUUGAUUUCUUCCUACUCGCUCUCGGUCCUGUAUUUGGAUGGCAUCAAGUCGGGAGAUCGACAGAUGACGGCCAUGGGUCUGCUCAUGACUGUAUCUUUCCUCUCCGUGAGCCGAGCAACACCCCUUCAAAAGCUGAGCUCGGUUCGUCCUCUCAACUCAAUCUUUCAUCCGGCGCUCUUCAUCUCCUUGCUUGGUCAAUUUGCCAUCCAUCUCGGCUGCAUGAUGUAUGCCGUGAGCAUGGUCAAACCCCAUUUGCCAGAAAAUUGGGCGCCCUCGAUCGACGGCAAGUUUGAGCCCAACUUGAUCAACAGCGUCGUUUUUCUUGUCACGGCCGUACAGCAGGUGACCGUAUUCGUGGUCAACUACAAAGGCUUGCCUUUUAUGAGUGGGCUGCUCGAUAACAGCUUCUUGAUUUGGUCUCUCAUGCUCUGUGGUGGUGGCGCUUUCCUGGCUGCAAGCAACUACCUACCUGACUUCAAUCGCAUGUUCCAAUUGGUUGAGUACCCAAGUGAAGGAUUCCAACGUGCACUCAUGGCGCUGCUAGCGUUUGACAUUGUGGGCACUUUCUGCUGGGAUCGUCUCAUGCUUCUCGUCUUUGCGCCCAAGAUCUUGGUCGCCAGUUUUGCUGGCACCACAUGGAAGGAUGUCUUCAAGCUUGUGCGCAUUGCAGUCAUGGUCUUCUUCUUGCUCCAGUUUUUUACUUUUGACGAUGAGACUUGGGCGGAGAUUGAGGCCGAGAUGGAUCGUCAAAAGCAAGGAUAG